AUGUCGGAAACACAGGGAAGCUACCAGAACCAACAACUGGAAGCAAUCUUCUUCUUAAGUUCAGAAAUGAACUGGUGCCUCAGCACCAGGUCCUCCAAGGCAGUGAAGAAGAAGAAGAGGACAAUUAUUGUUGGUCUAAAUUCAGAUAGCUCCAGCAGAGAGAUGCUACUUAGAUUGCUCAUUUCUGUUGUUAAAGCAGGGGACAGUGUAACAGCUGUUCAUGUUCAAGAAGCAGAUGCUGAUGCUUUUGAUCCAAACUCUUUCCACACCCAUGAAGAUCUCUGCAAGUCCAAGAAGGUGGAUUUCCAUGUAAAAGUCUGCAUUACAGAUUCAUAUGUUUCUGAGUUACCCUAUCAAGUGAGGAUCAGCUAUGCCACAAUCCUUGUACUUGGUUGCAGCCUUUCAGGGCCAAGCCUUUCAGCUAUCAAUACUUGCUUGAAAGGGUUACCUCCCUCAUGCACUCUUCUGGUAAUGGAUACUGUUGGAAGAAUACUUUUGGAAGGGCAGGGGACUUCCCAACAAGGCUCUGUGAGGGCAGCAGCCCUGCAAUCUUCUCAGUCAUUUUCUUCAACCUACACUUGUUCUGAUAAAAAAUCAAAUAUCACUCCCCAGUUGCAAAAGUCAUUAACCGUACCAGCUUCCUCUACAGGGUCAUCAAUGCGACCAACUACUAGACGAGCACUAUCUGCUGUAAAUAAAAUGGUGGAGGUUUCUGACUCGGUGGCUGAGAAACUGUUUCAUAAAUUGGCACUGUUAGAAGCAGAAGGGUCCAUCAGGAAUUUCGCACCGCAAGAGCUUCGUUAUGCAACUAACAAUUUCAACUCUGCCAUGGUGAUUGGAGAGGGUGGACAUAGUAAGGUGUACCGUGCCAAACUUGGAGAUGGUCAAGAUGCUGCUGUGAAAGUCCUCAAAUCCUCACACUAUUCUGCUGUGGAUUUUUUUCGAGAAGUAGACUUGUUUUCAAGUAUGAAACAUGAGAGCAUUGUUCAGAUAAUCGGGUUCUGCAAUAACAAGGAGGUGCAAGCAAUUGUAUAUAAUCUUUUAAAGGGAAGUUUGAGGCAGAAUUUGAGACAACUUAGGUGGAGUGAGAGGAUGAAAGUUGCAAUUGGAGUGGCAAAGGCACUGGACUACCUUCAUCAUUCUCACAACCCUCCUAUCAUUCAUAGGGAUGUGAAGUCAUCCAACAUUCUCCUCUCCCACAAUUGCGAACCGAUUUUGUCGGAUUUUGGAGCAGCUAUGUUCCUUCAGCAAGCUUCAGCUAACACAAAGGCGCCAUUUGAUGUCGUUGGGACGUUUGGAUACUUAGCCCCGGAGUACAUGAUGUAUGGCAAGGUUGAUGAAAAGAUAGAUGUGUACUCAUAUGGAGUGGUGCUCCUAGAACUCAUCACUGGGAAAGAGGCUAUUCAAACUGACCAGGAGAUUCGUGAAAGCUUAGUGCUAUGGGCAAGGUCCUUGAUGUGCAGUGGCAUAUGGGAACGUCUAAUUGAUCCUAACUUGGUUGAAGACUAUAACAAGGAAGAGAUGGAAAUGAUGAUGAUCGCAGCGCGCCUCUGCCUUAUGCAUUCAUCUUCUCGAAGGCCAACCAUGAAGAUGAUACUUAGGUUCUUUGAGAAGCCAGAGCACUGGUUAAGGAUGCAAAGGGAAAGAGAUGAUUUUCUGAAUGGAAUUGAUUUACAAGGUGAAACAGCCCAGCCUUGA